AUGCCAAUACUAAGCGAGGAGGAUCUGGAGCGCUUCAGGACGAAGGUGUGUACGCUCGCCUCGUCGCUGAGGUGCGACUUCGGAGUGGAAAGGUGCAACUACUCGCACAACCUCUACUGGGCGAGAAGGUGUCCGUUCUACCUGCGCGACUCCUCGAUCCUGAGGUACAUACCGCACGUCUGCCCGGACGUGGAGCUGGGGGAGGGGACGACGGUGCUGAGGAACUCGUGUCCGCGAGGGAACAACUGCUCCUUCGCGCACUCCUACGAGGAGAUACACUACCACCCGCUGGUGUACAAGACGCAGGUCUGCAAGGACUACAGGAUCGGCAAGUGCAAGACGUACUACUGCCACCUGGUGCACGGGCUGGCGGAGUACAGAGUGCCCAGGGAGUACGUGCUCCCGAGGAAGGCGGGGCUGGACAUUCCGCUCCUACCGCACGUAAAGCUGGUCGACAACAUAAGGUCGAUAAGCACGGGCAACGCCUCAGUAGGCUGUUUCCAGAGAGGGAAGUCGAGCAUUCAAUCAGUGGACAGGUCAACUAGAGGAGAGAAGGACGUGGUCGAUUACUCGAACCAUAAAGACUGGGUGCCACUUAGGUCGAAUAGCGGCGAACGUAAAACGGAGAUCAAUGGAAACGCUAAGAGUGACGGAGUCAACGGGCUGCAAAAGAGUAGCAACGGAGUCACAAGUAAACUAGUCAAUGGCACGACAAACGGAAUAGCAAAAGUCCAGAACAAUAGCAUCAGUAGCCAAGUCAGUAAGAAAAACAACGAGGAAUCGCUGAGGAGCAUGAAGUCACUGGAUGCAGCAGAAAAACAGGACGAGUCAGUGUACGACUGGUACAAGUUGAUAGCGACGACGAAGGUGGAGUACCACGAUAAUGAAAAUGGGAUCAACGAAAUGGAUAAAAAUUAUUCAAUAUUGAAAAUAUACGAUAGGCAACUUCAGAACUCGUUGAAUGAAUUUAAUCAGUUGAACAUCUACAACAAUGAGAUUAGUCCAUACAACGGACACUAUGAAGAUGACCUGAAUUGUUAUGAAACAGAUAAGAGAAAUGAGUCGUUGGUGAGAAGAAAUGUUAAUAUGUGGAACGAUUCGAGCACUAAGAAAAUAAUCGAGUCGAACAACGCACUGGGAACAGUGUCAAGCAUCAUCGAUUCGAACAACAAUGGAGUGUCGACAGUGCCGAGCAUAGUGGAGGACUCAUAUAGAAGCUACGAUGACGUGUUCCAGACAUCAGACCUGACGUCGAGCAUGAACUCGAUCAACGGAGACGAAGUGUACAUUAAGAUCCUGAAGCAGUGCGAACUGAUAAAGAAAAACACGAAACCGUACGUCGAAAGUAAAAUUAACUGGACGCAAGUGAUCAACGACUGUAGAAAACUACUAGAUAUAGUUAUAGAAGCAAAAAAAGUAUCCCAGGAAAAAAGUAAAUAA